ACAGUACAAAAGUUUGCAGAACUAAGAAAAAUGGGACCACAUAGGACCAUAGGAAUCGCCCCAAAGACUGAGUGCAUAAAAGGGGUAGUGGCCUGUCAAUGUGAAUUAGGUCGGGAGAAGUUAUUGACUGCUCCUCCGUACAGAAUGCCCGUGUCAUUACCUAUACCUGAAGAAGCCCAGCAGAGGUACCAAACGGCGCCCUGCUGUCGUGACGUUGAACAGUAUCAAUGCCCCACCAAGCAAAUUUACGUCGUCUUCAAAUCACCCGCCCGUGCCAACGAAGUGUUCAGCAAAGUCUUUCCAGCCACAACUCCUAUCAAAUAUGUAAAGCGCAAACUUUCCAAGUUACUAUCAGUGUCAAAUAGCAAUCUAUUACUCACAAAAAACAGAACCGUACUGAAAGAAACAAGUCUCUUAAAAGAGCUCAAGGGUGAUUCUUGUGGUAACUUACGAAUCGACGUAUUUACAAAAGAUUCCGAGGAAUUUUCCCUAUCUUCAAUACCGAUGGAAGCAUAUGUAUGUGAACUUAUACAGGCUGAUGCUCCCAAAAAGAAAACAAUACCGUUCAUCGCAAUCAAAUUCAAAGUUCGCAAUCAAAAUACGACGUUUACUCGUUCCUAUCACUCAAUUAUGAAAAUACAUGAAAUCAAAAAGAAUUUGGGAGGUCUUUUUGGAGUGGAACCGGACAAUAUUGUGCUUUUACGAGCAGAGCACCCUUUAAAAGAUCGCAUGGCUCUAUUAGACCUUGACUACGACAAAUAUGGCAUAACUGAGGUUGAACUAUUGACAAAAAACCAUGAGAAGCUGAAUUUCGAAAAACUAUAUAGAGAAAAUCCAAUAAAUGACGUCAUAUCGGUUAUGGUGCCCUUCGGUAACAUGGUCAAACAUGUGAAUGUUGAAAUAUUCUCUGAUGCAAUGAAGAAACCUUAUUUGGGUGGUUACAGAAACAUUCAUACAGGCACCGAGUAUCAUCACGCGUACACCCAGACCCCACAAAAGCCUGAGAAAUUGCCUGCCGAACGGAAGAAUUGUCGCGACACACAGACUGCCGAAGAGCGAGAAAAGAUUUAUGAUACAGCGUACAGUCGUGCGACGCAAAUGAACAACCCAAAUGUGUUUAUACCAAACGUGACGGACCGAAUUGUAGUGCCGAAGCAAUACGAGACUUACGAAGAGAUGAUUGAACGUCUGAACCACAAUCAUUAUGCCGCAGUGAUACAGCGCGCGUUUAGGCACUAUCAGUUUCGACAAAAGGUGACACGGUGGUUGGCUGAAUGCUUGGAAAGAAUAGCUAGGAUUAAAGAAGAAGAGAGGCUGGAGAAGGAAGCGUUGGCGAGACGUCUACGUAAGGACCUCAUUACUAAGACAUUCCCUAGGACGCGUGAGGACUUCGAUCAACUUUAUGCAAUGGUGGAUCGAUGGAAACACGCAGAAAUAGCACGAAUAUCACAGUUACAUUCCAAAGGUCCUAAAAUAGCAGAGUUCACAUUGCUUCUCGAUAAAGAGGUGGAGUUGCUCCGAUGUAUAGAAGACUACAGAGUACAAGUAAAAGAAGACAGUCGCAAGCUGAAAGAAAGACGAUUUUUAGAAGAACUUUCCAAGCCAAUUGCGUGGUACGGUCGUAAUGGCAAAGUGGUACAAAUGGAAACCAUAGAAAUACAAAAAGCAAGAAAAUUAAAAGAAUUGUAUAAUUCUAUUAUCCGAGAAGGUUUAGAGGUUAAAGAUCGCAUAGAACUUCUUGUAGACUUGAAGUUUGCUUUACAAGAAUUUCGGCAUCCGCUUGCUGAAGAAAUAAUCACACUUCUUGAUAGAGAGUGCGACUUGCUUGUUAGAAGAUGCAACGACCACCAACUGGAGUUCCUUCGACGACGAAUCACAGCUGCUUUGAUUCAAUUGAUAAAAACAUCUGAGCUAAAUUCUCACGUAACGAAAUUGAAAGAUAUAAGAGAUUUUAGGAAGAUGGACAACGGCAACCUUUAUUUGUGCGAGAUGUGUCACCAGGUGAAACAGUAUGAAGAGUUUCCUUUGAACACUUUGAUGAAUGGGUUUUUUGUUUGCAAGUCUUGUUCUUGGAAAGACGUUCAUGAGCGUUUGUGGAUAGACAUGACGCCUUAUAAGUUUAUUUUGAGGGCCGUGCAACGCGAUGAGAGACGCCGUAAAUGCUGGGGAUCCUUAGCUUUUGUCUUACAGGAAAAGGAUAUUUUUUAUAUUGUCGAGAAGUUGUGGCACUCUCAUUCAGCCAUUAGCGAAUGCAGUGAUAUUACAGAAUUACGACUGUGCAGAUGGCAUGUGAACCAAGAUUGGUCGCCGUGGAAUUGUUUCCUGGUAACAGUUCAGGAGAUGAAAGCGCAUUUGAAAUUGGAGCACCCUGAACAAGUUUACGAUGAAGACUUGCUACAGAAGAUUCGCACCAAACACAAUCUCGCUAAGGCGACAUUCGAGCAACUCCUUUCUGUAAACAGACGUUUUACGCAGGCCGGGGAUUGGCAAGGUGUAAGGGCUCCAGUCACCGCCCGCGUAGAAGCUGUAGAUCGAUUAUGAACUAUUGAAUCUUGCCUUAUACGUAGAGAAUCAAAGAAGAAAAAAGAAGUAGAUUUAAUUUUUAUUUAAUAGAAACUGAAUUAUUUCCGUUUCGUAAAUUAGAAUCACCUUUUUUGUUGAUGUCACAGAGUUUUAAAUACACAUAUGUUCGUUUUGCGACUAUUCGUUGCUGGUCACCACAACGAAUUAACCAUUUACUUCUAGUAGGCAAAGUUUAGUUGUAUGACGAAAUAUGAAUUAGCAAGAGCUCACGUACAGUCCCGAGGCACAGACGUC